CUCGUCACUUCAGAAAGUUGUUGGAGUUGGCCAUCCAUGGAAGCUCCUCACUUCAGAUUUUGUGUUUGGAGUUCGCCAUCCCUUUAUUGUAUCUAUUUUAGACUCAUCAACUUGAAUCCCCUCACUUGAGAUAAUAAAGCCUAAGAAAACUAGUUUUGUUUCAAGGAAUACACACUUUUUCAAGUUAACAUAGAGCUCAUUUUCCUUCAAUACAUCCAUCACCUUUUUGACAUGUUCAAAAUGUUCCUCCAUAUUUUUGCUAUAGAUCAAUAUGUCGUCAAAAUAGACAACUACAAACUGUGACAAAAAUGGAUGAAGAACCUUCAUUAGGCCCAUGAAAGUACUAGGAGCAUUAGAAAGUCCAAAUGGCAUAACUACCCAUUUAUACAACCCCUCUUUUGUCUUGAAUGCAGUUUUCCAUUCAUCACCAGGUCUAAUUCGUAUUUGGUGAUAUCCGCUUCUUAGAUCAAGCUUCGAAAACACCUUGGCUCCACUGAGUUGGUUAAGCAUGUCAUCCAUUCGUGGGAUAGGAAAUCUGUACCUUGUAGUGAUUUUAUUGAUAGCCCUACUAGAUACGCACGUCCGCCAAGAUCCAUCAUUGCCAAGAUCCAUCAUUCUUUGGCGUGAGUAGUGCUGGCACAGCGUAUGGACUUAUGCUUUCUCUAACAUGUCCCUUACGCAAUAACUCUUCUACUUCUCCCUUAGAAGUGCAUGCUCUUUUGGGCUCAUCCUAGAGUGUGGUAGGUUGGGAAGACUAGCACCUAGAACAAAAUCUUUUUGAUGUUGAGGCUCUCCAAGUGUGCUUUGGUAUUCAGAUAACAGACUUCGCAUCUCCACUGGAAUUUCUUUUGUUGGUUGCUCAUCUCCUUUGACGACUAAUGCGACACAUAAUUUUGAUUUCUUCAAGUCUUGAGCAAAUUCUUUUGGAUUUUGAGUAAUGGUUAACAUACACUCCUCCUCUACUUCAGAGGCAUUAUUAGUAGUCUUGUUUGGAAGUCUAAUGAUUUUUCGUUUGUUCCAAAUGAAAGAAUUCCAAUUGUCUCUUCCUUUAUGUGUGGUGUUCACAUCAUAUUGCCAGGGUCUUCCAAGAAGAACAUGACAUGCAUCUAUAUCAACUACACCACAUAGAACAUUUGAUCGAUAAUACUUACCCAAAGAAAGUGGUAACCAACAAUGUUGGGUGAUCUUGAUUUUCACUCUUUUCUUGAGCCAUCCGAUAGUAUAUGGAUUCGGGUGAUCAUGUGUCUUAAGAUUUAAGUGUUUAACCAUGUUUUCAAAAAGCCAAAUUCUCAUAGCUGCAACUAUCAAUUACCAACUUGCAUACUUUUCCAUUCACAGUGCAUUUGCUUUCGAAUAUCCUCUUUUGUUGUGUCUCUUCAGGUUGCAUGGUUGAGCAUAAAAGGCGUUUGACCACACAUACUAUUUCUUCUCCCUCUUCUUCACAUAGUUCGGGUUCACCUUCACUUUUAUAGUUGUCAACCUCUUCUUUACUUUCAUCACGACAAGUGGUGUUGACAAACUUCCUUCUUGGACAGUUGCUUGAUAUGUGUCCCUCUUCGCGGUACUGGUAACACUUGAUCGUAUUAGAUGGUUGCUUAUCAUUAUUUUUGCUAGAAGAUGGUGCCUUUUCAUCUUUCUUUGCUUUAGAUGGAAUAAACUUCCCCUCUUGUUGGCGUGGAGAACUUUUUGAUAUACUUUCUGGGCGAGAAUAAGAUGCGGCUUUAUAAGACUUCUUGGUCUUUAUAUAUCUCUCAGCUUUCAAGGCAAGAGUUUGAACUUCAUCUAUUGACCAAAUUUGUUGUAUGCCAAGACGUUCUUGGAUAGAAUCAUUGAGACCAUUGAUAUACCUUGUGACUUGUUGGUCUUCAUUUUCAAAAAGAUUGCACCUUACUUGUAAUGUUAAGAACUCUUAUGUAUAAUCAGAAACAAAUUUAUUACCUUGAACACAGUUAUGGAAUUGUAAGUACAAGAGUUGUUCAUAAUCCGCAGGCAAGAACCUAGCCUUUAGAAGUGCUUUCAUUUGUGGCCAAUAUCUUUCACGAUUUUUACCUCUCAAACGAAGCUCUUCUUGAUGACGAUUCCACCAAGCUCCAGCACCUCCUUUCAAUUUAUAUGCAACCAAUGGUACUUGACGAUCUGGAGGGAUGUUCAUAAUCUCAAAGAAUGGCUCCACCUCAUAGAUCCAAUCAAGAAACCCUUCAAUGUUUACAUUACCAUUGAAAGUUGGGAUUUCAACCUUAAUCUUGUACAUAUCUCCACCAUUUGCAUGACCUCUUCUUGGUUGUGCAUAAAGAUCAUGUUCCUCCACAUCAUCUUCCUCUUCCACAUAUUGAGCUCGAUGUUGUCUCCAAUUUCUAGCGACACCUUCUUGAUUGUUUCUCACUAAUACAACAAGUUCUUCAAACUUCCUAGUGAGUUCUUCACGAAGAGUAGCGAUUUGUUGAUCCAAUCUUUCUUCUAGAUUAUCCAAAUUGCUCUAAUACCAAACUGAUGUAGCACAAUGUUUAGAGGAACUCUCUAAUGCGCUAAAUAAAGCAAACCACACAAUUUGUUGGAGGAACAAGUUCAACGUGUUGUAAGUUAACGCUUUAAAGACAAUCCGAAUCCACGGAUAGCAAGAUCCAAAGCCCUUAAAAUACAAGAUCUAAUCCAAGAUCUUAAAAGAAAACAUGAAGUUUCAUUAAUAAAAAGAGUUGAACUAAUAACUACAUAGCUAGAGGUCAUUGCCUCUAUUUAUAGGCUUUAAAAGCCUUUGUACAACUCAUUGACAACUCAUACACAACCCAUUGACAACUCACAACUCAUUGACAACUCAUAGUUGACAACUCAGUUUCUUAAUAGCUAAGUAUUCUAGAAUUAUGUAAAAGAUAAACUUGACAACUAGUAGCAAAAUUCAAAUUGACUUUCUCUUUCUAUAAGUUGCAAAAUUGAUUUUUGAUUCAUGAAGGUUCUGGACUAGGUUUAGAAUUUUAAUGUUCCUCAUCAGUUGGUAAGUUGAAUUAUCUCACAGUGACCAUGCUUGAUAUUUCCUAUCCUGUGAGUGUUGUAAGUGUGUUUAUGUAUUCUCACUAUAAUAGUCAUUGGGAUGCAAUUGUUCACAUUCUAUGAUAUAUAGAGUCAGCUCUAGGUAAAGUAGUAAUCUUCGAGGAUCGGGGUCAUGAGCAGAUCGUUGGAUACACAGAUGUUGAUCGAGCGGGAGCAUCUUGUGAUAAACGUUCUACAUUCGGAUAUUGUGUUUUAGUAGGUGGUAAUUUGGUGUCCUAAAAGAGUAAAAACAGAGUGUGGUUGCUCUAUCUAGUGCAGAAGCAAAAUAUCGAGCAAUGACUGUAGCAACUUGUGAGCUAGUUUGGAUCAAACAAUUGUUGAGAAGACUAAAAUAUGGAGAAAUUGGUCAGAUGGGAACAUGAAUAACUUAUAGAAUCCUACUUGAGAAAAGGAUUGCAAUGCAGUGUCCUAGUUGGAAAAUGUUUAUAGCAUAGUGUCUAUAAUUAGGGUCUUCGUGUAAUAGUGUAGAACAACAAUUUAAUAAUAUUCUUCUAUUGUAUUUCUAACAAUUAAAAAUGGAUAGAUAACAUACAUACAAAUUGUUCACUUGGGUAUCUGAGACUUUGAGAACAUUGAAAAAUGGAAAUUGUUAUUCAAGAUGGUUGUUUAUGAACACCAAAUUUUAGAAAAUUUUUACUUGUAAUGGAAACGCUAUUCCCUUUUGUUUCUUCUUGACUUUACCUCCCACCACUGACCAGCUUUGCUUUGCUCUUCUUCUUCUUCCCCUCAAAAUUUACCCCUAGCCAUACCCAGCUUUAUUUUCUUUGAGAUUUUGAGUUGAAGACCUAACACAGCUAUAAACCAAGUCUGAUUACUUUUUCUGAUGUGUUCAGUGUGACAUCUAUUCAUAAACCAGAAUAAAGGGAAUGCUGGCACAUGUUACAACCAAAAAAGUAGUCAUUACAAGCUAUGUAAUGAGCUUAAUGAGUUAACAAGGGCAGAACCAUCAUUUACAUCUUUGGGAGUCAUGUUGCACCAAAAGUCUAAGCAAAGAUAUACAACUAUUCUUGAUGUUAAGUAGAGUCUUCUGUGUUUCUGAUCGUUGUGCUUUUGCUUCCAAACGACCAACCAAAUCACAGCUGGAAUUCUGUUCCAGACGGCGUGUGGGGUCUUCUGUAUAUUAUUUCUGUGCCCUCUUUGAAGGAGCCAUAGAGUGGAUUAAUUGAGCCAAGAGUGCACUACUUUAGUCCCGUGAUGUUGACAAAUCCCAUUGCUGAAAUGUGAACUUGCAAUGGAGAAAGACAUGGUUGUUAUCCUCUUCCUUCUCUUUUCAAAGACUACAUCUGUUACACAAAUGGAAACCCUUUGCGCUGUAGCUUGUAAAGGAUAAGACAUCAAUAUGUAGAAUAUCCUUUUUUUAGAUUCUAAUGUAGGAUACUUUUUAGAUCUUCUAUGUUUGAAACGAAUUAAUCCUCCGGUGUUGUAACUCAGGUACAAUGACAUUGCUAAACAUGGGUUUUUUGCUUCGGAGAAUUAUGGGGCUACUGAUACAAAGUUAGCUGAUCAAAAGGAGUCCCAAACUUCGCAAAACACAGUUCAUAGGGAAAAAUCAGCUGAUCUUGAAGGGGCCAUGAUCAGUAUAGCAGAGCAACUUUAUUCGGUCCUCUUGCUGACUUUCUUCUUUGUGCAGGUUUAUGUUACUGGAUUUAUCCCCUAUAUCGGGAAAGCUCUAAAUUUUAUGCUUCUGUCGUGGUUGUAUGCAUACUAUUGUUUUGAGUAUAAGUGGAAUCUGUCUGGACUAAGCUUAGACAAGAGGCUUGACUUAUUUGAAUCAAAUUGGGCAUUUUUUGCUGGUUUUGGAAAUCCCUGCGUCCUGGCAAUAUUUUUCUUCUCUCCACUAGUGAGCUGUGGGGUUAUGGCUAUAUUGUUUCCACUGUUUGUUUUGACCGCAACAGGCUCGGAAGCUGGCAAAAUAGUUGCCUUACCUAGAAGAAAAUGGAGAGGUGCUGGAUUGGGAAGGGUACCAAUAUUUUUCAUUGCCGAUUACAUGUCAAUGCGAGUCUUGAAACUCUUUUCUCUUAAAUCACGUGAGCAAAUGAAAGAAAAGGCACUCUGAAAUAGAACUAACAUGUCUGAUCUACUGCCAUCACUCCAUAUCCAUGCACAAGCUGUAUUUUAUUUAUGAAAUUUGCAUUGGUAUGAGUCAAAUAAUGUUCCUAAUUCAUCCAUGAUCACAAUAUGGACACGUCUUCAUAAUUUAUCAUUCUUUAGGGCAGGGAGUAAGUAAAUCCAAAUGUGCUGCAAUCACAAAUGGAUGAUAACAACUGGUGGUAUUUUUUCUGCAUCUAUGUACAUAGUAAUUGGUUUGGUCUUUCAUUCAUAUGAACAAUUUUCCAUGUACAACGUUAUCAAAAAGGCUCAGUGAGGAGAGAUGUUUCUUCAA